UGGCGCCUGCGCAGGCGCAGGGCAGGUGAGGGCCGGAAGCGGAUCCCGGCGCGGCGAAGGGGCGCUGCAGCCGCGCCGCUCCCAGCCUGCCCCGCUCUGUUCCGGGGACGCCGGCCGGCAAGAUGUUGCCUUUAUCCAUCAAGGAUGACGAGUACAAGCCGCCCAAGUUCAACCUGCCCAGCAAAGUCUCGGGCUGGUUCAGGUCCAUCCUGUCCGACAAGACCUCGCGGAACCUGUUCUUCUUCCUCUGCCUCAACCUCUCCUUCGCCUUCGUGGAGCUGCUCUACGGCAUCUGGAGUAACAGUUUAGGUCUAAUAUCAGAUUCCUUUCAUAUGUUCUUUGACUGUACUGCUCUAUUGGCUGGAUUAGCAGCUUCAGUCAUUUCGAAGUGGAGAUCAAAUGAUGCUUUCUCAUAUGGGUAUGUUCGAGCAGAGGUAUUGGCUGGUUUUGUAAAUGGUCUGUUUCUGAUCUUCACAGCAUUCUUCAUUUUCUCUGAAGGUGUCGAGAGAGCAUUGGAGCCUCCUGAUGUUCAUCAUGAGAGACUUCUUCCUGUGUCUAUCCUAGGAUUCAUUGUGAAUCUUAUAGGAAUAUUUGUUUUUCAACAUGGAGGCCAUGGACACUCGCAUGGCUCUGGGCAUGAACACAGUCAUUCUCUAUUUAAUGGUGUUCUCAGCCAUGAACACAGUCAUGGAGGCCACGGUCACAGCCAUGAAUCAAAACAUGGCCAUGGGCACACUCAUGGUCACAGUCAUGGGAAGGGACACUCACAUGAUCAGGAUUAUUGUCACGAUGAUCACUCUCUUGAAGGGGCUGCAGGAUCCAGCAGACAGAUUUUAGAAGGUGUAUUUUUACACAUUGUUGCAGACACUCUUGGAAGUGUUGGUGUAAUCAUAUCCGCUAUACUGAUGCAGAACUAUGGUCUAAUGAUAGCAGAUCCUAUCUGUUCAAUGCUCAUAGCUCUACUUAUAGGCGUAAGUGUUGUUCCCCUUUUAAGAGAGUCCAUUGGAAUCUUAAUGCAGCGAACUCCGCCUUCCCUGGAAAGCGUUCUGCCUCAGUGCUAUCAGAGGGUUGGACUUCUUGAGGGAGUAUACAGUUUACAUGAUCCACACUUCUGGACACUGUGUACUGAUGUUUAUAUAGGGACCUUGAAACUAUUUGUAGCUCCUGAUGCCGAUGCCAGAUGGAUUUUAAGCCAAACUCACAAUAUUUUUACUCAGGCAGGAGUGAGACAGCUUUAUAUACAGCUUGACUUUGCAACCAUGUAGAGAACAUCAUAAAUUAUGCUCUUUGGACCAAAGUUUUCUGGUACUGUAAUGGUAUAAAACAUUGUACUCGUCAAGACAGAACCACCCCAGCCCAGUUAAUCAAGACCAAAUAGACUGCUGCCUUUUGGCUUCUUCUGGAGUCCACAUCAAAGGAGUAAAAGCUGAAAGGAUGUCCUGGACUUCUGGUCUUGUAUUUUGUGUCCAUCCCCUCCCCCUCCAGCUGUGUUAAUUUUUUUUAGAAUUUUUUUUUAUUUUCUACAAUUGUUCCAAUAGGAAACUAAGAUUUUGGGACUAUAAUCCCUGGGUCAUGUCUUUAAUGAAGGGCUUGUCUAAACAAACAAUUUCGUAGCAAGCUGAGGUCUGAAUCUGUUCUGCACUAGUCUGUUGCAAAUUGCCCUUGUGGCCCCUAUUGAUAUGCAUUAAGUUAAUUAAUGCACUUUGAUCUAGUUCCAUUCUAAAGAGGACUGGAUCUAAGUGCAUGUCAGCAGGGAUCAUGUGGACACUUAAGUCUUUGGCAGUCUAGCACUGAGUAGAUUCACACCCUAUCUUGCCACAAACUAAAUGUUAAUGUAACAAGCCUGAAGCUGCUCAUUCCCACAAAACCAGUGUUAUCACAAAUUGGAGCGCUGUCUUGUACAUAAUGCCACAACGAGUGGCAUUCUUCAUGAGAAUCGUAUGUUUGUAAAAUUGUUUGUACUUUGCAAACUUAAUGAACCAAACCAUAUUGGGUUUUCAAAGUGCCUUUCUAUCAGAAAAAGUAUUCGCCAGCAUUGAUGUGGAACAUAGAGGUUUUAUUACUUUUAUGGUUACAACUUGUUCACCGUUGUCUUGUUAGUGAUGUCUGUGACUGUGUACUUGCGUAAUUGUAGAUUUUUAGACUCCCUUUUACUGUUUCAUCUUAUCAAAUGAACUGGGGUUACAUUUGUUUAAUUUACUUUACAAGUUAAAGCUUUUGUGAGGAGACUUGCUUUCAAAACAUCUGUCUAUCUAAUACAUAUUAUCCUAAGAGUUGUUUUAACCAAAUUAAACAUUCGACCCUGUGUCAAAAUCUAUGAAUUAAAGUUUCUCAAUACUGCUAUAGAAAAUAGAAGUUGUAGCUCAAUAACCAUGUUCAUAAUAUCACCAUGAAAGAGAAGCAGUUACAACAUAAUGAUAGUAAUUGAACUGUUCUGCUUUUUUUUUCUUUCAGACUUUUUUUUUCCCUGUUGAAGCUUGCUGUGAAAAUUAGUCUGCUAGGUUUUAAUAGACUAUUAAAAAGGAUGGAAGUAGUUACUGUGUCUAACCCUAAACUAGGGAGAAGGAAAGGAGCUGUCCUGGGAAAUGUAUCUGCAGUGGAAAUGAGGACUGUUGUAUGAGCUAUGUAAAGUCACAUUUUCUUAGUUGACAUGUUUGAUUGGGACUUGAGUGUGAUUUUUCUCAUUAAUGUCUUGUAUUUCUCCACACGCACACAAGUGUCCAACGAGCAGUUUGCAGAAACACCCCUAAACCAUCUAUUUUUGACAUUUUUAUAUAUAUUUACAUCUUGUACUGAAAAUGUUAAAUUCCCGAGACAGUCCAACAACACCUGUAUUAUAGAUGCAAUGCUUCUACUAAAAUUAGAUUAACUACAAUUAUCAGUGCUUAAUGAAGUUUCCCAUUCUGUUUGAAUUCAGAGACUGAAUAGAAAAGAGCCAUUUUGAUUUCCAUAUUUGAGGCUGUUAGUCCCAAUGGGACAUAGAGCAAGAAAAAGGAAGUCUCAUUUUGGUUAAUCAGAAAUACAUUUGCUAGUUGAGGGGAAAGGGUUUGAAUUAAUACAUUUAUACUUAAUGUUCAGUGUGUUGUGGCAUACAACAAAACAAGAAUGCUUGUUUGAAAAAUCAAAUGUGCUGACUGGUACAAAUUCUAGAUAUUUUUCUGAUACAAAUAUUAAUACAGGCAGUCCCCGGGUUACGUACAAGAUACGGACUAUAGGUUUGUUCUUAAGUUGAAUUUGUAUGUAAGUCGGAACUGGCUCCAGAU